CGCGAAAACAGUGGUGCUGACACGCAGAAAUCUGGAGGCGUGCCGCGUUUUUUUUUUUUUGUUUAUUUUGUAUUUUCUUUAAUAAAGCUUCAUUAAGAUUGAAGUUUAUUUUAGGUUUGAGUUAUUUUAGUCACUGUAUGCUUUAUCUCUGAUUUGUCUUUGGUUGGGCCUUCAUUGCUUCGUGUACCUCGUCUCACGCGUUGCUGUUUUGAGUCGACAGCCUUUGACAGUCGCUCUCACCGUGAGCCAAGUAGCGUUUGGUUAGCUAUCGAGCUAGCUAUCCCUCUAGUCCCCCAUGUAUUGCUAGCUACCGUUAUUAGUAACGGGUAAGCCAUUCGGAGGGCAAGAGGUAGCUAACGUUAGCGAGCAAAACCGCAUAUCUGCAUUUCGUCAAUGGGCUCAUGAUAACAGGUGUUGUAGCUAACGUUAGCUAGUUGAAUGAGCAGCUGUGAACUGACACCUGGUUGACAGCUACAGACGGAAGAAAAGGCUAAACUUGGUUGCUGCGUAUUGUUGUCAGUGUGAGCUGUCCAUAUUAAACAGUCGGGAACUCGGCACGGCACCGGCAGCUGUUCGCCUGUCUGUGUACAAAGCAGUCGGCACCGUUAGCUGCCUUUCGACUCGAAACAACCCCUCGUCAAAAAAUAAGAAGCUUUCAUCUAGAGAAGACUCACACUCUUAAAGCGGUCCUGGCUGGAGGAGCUCUCAUCAACAUGCUGCUGCACUGAGAGGCACGGGCGGACGGACAUAUAGACCCACUCACCUGGUGUGUCUUCCCCGUCUCGGCUGUUUUCUCCCCCCCCCUAUAUGGAGCGCGCUAUGGAAUACCCUCGCACAGCGGAGUGGCACAGUCCUCCUCUGUAGAGCCCUCUCCUGGGAACACACACCGUAAGGAAUCGCACAGAACAGCUGAUCUCCUCGUCAGUCUCUUGAGUCCUCCUACCCUCCCUUGAGAAGAUGUCCGUGAGCCUGGCUGAGGAGGACAUUCAGACGGAGGGUGGAAGUAGUAGACCCCUCAAUGAUGACUCGAUGAGGAAGCACUCCCCAUCCCCUGAACCUUUCCAGGGACAGGAGGGCACCGGGGAGGGCAUGGAGGCAGAGGAGAGCGCCACACAGGACUCACAGAGGCGUACUCAGAACCAUGGACACGGCAGGAAAAGGGCCAGGUCCAAUGCCAAGCUGAAGCUGGUGAGGAGCCUGGCGGUGUGUGAGGAGUCAUCAGGUCCGUUCUGUACUGACGGACCUCCAGACAUUAUCCAACUCCACAUCAGCUGUCCCUCGGACAAGGAGGAGGAGAAGUCUUCUAAGGAUGACUAUGAGAACGAGGAUGAGGAGGAGAAGAACAGGACUCCACGCAAGAUGCUGUCACGAGACUCCAGCCAGGAGUACACAGACUCCACCGGCAUCGACGUGCACGACUUCCUGGUCAACACACUGAAAAACAACCCCAGGGAUCGAAUGAUGCUGAUGAAACUAGAACAAGAUAUCCUGGAGUUCAUUAAUGACGACAAUAACCAGUACAAGAAGUUUCCCCAGAUGACGUCGUACCACCGCAUGCUGCUGCACCGUGUAGCGGCCUACUUUGGCAUGGACCACAACGUAGACCAGACUGGGAAGGCCGUCAUCAUUAACAAGACUGGCAACACACGCAUCCCAGAGCAGAGGUUCUCAGAGCAUAUCAAGGAUGAGCGGAACAUGGAUUUCCAGAAGAAGUUUAUCCUCAAGAGAGACGACGCCAGUAUGGACAAGGACGAUAAUCAGAUCCGCGUGCCGCUGUCGGACGGGCGGCGCAGCAAAUCCAUAGAGGAGAGGGAGGAGGAGUAUCAGAGAGUACGAGACCGGAUCUUUUCCCGAGAAUCCUCUCAAAAUGGAUACAUCAACGACAACAGACUUUCCCCUGAAGGCUACUCCUCUACCUCUCAAAAGAGGAGGCAGAUCUUUAGUGACGGUAUGAGGGGGGAUACACUAUUGUGUAUAGUGACGCCGGUGGGGUCUCUGCAGCCCCCUCAACCUGUGUCCUACUCCUCCUCCUGUCCCCAGGUCCUCCUGCCUGUCUCUUCCCCCCAGCAGUACAUGGGUGAGGAGCUGGCUCCCCACUUCAACCAGAUGACUCUGAGUCGACAGAGUUCCAGGGAGGCCCCGGAGCCCCCCGCCAUGUACCAGACCCAGGGGCCCACUCCACCACGGCCCAGCCCCUGUCCCCUCAGUCUGGCUACCAGCCUAACACCAGACACCUCCAUCAUCAUCAUCCUCCUCCUCCACCCCCCUCCUCCACCCCCUCCCUCCCAGACCAUCAUGCAGCCCCCACCACCACCGCAGGGGUACAUGCAGCCGUCUCCCCCUCAACAGAUAUCUUAUUACACCCCUGGGCAGCAGUACCCCAGCACAGGGCAGCAGUACCCCAGCACAGGGCAACAGUACCCCAGCACAGGGCAGCAGUACCGGCCUGGACCCAUGUCUCACCAGGUGUCCUACCCUGCCCAGCCCAUGGCUCAGCCCAUGCCCCAGCCCAUGGCUCAGCCCAUGCCCCAGCCCAUGGCUCAGCCCACACAGCAGUCUGCAGCUCUCCAGACCAUGAUGCCCAGCCAGCAGACCCAGUACCAGGGAAUGAUAGGAGUAUCCCAGCAGCCCCAGAACCAGGCCCUCCUCACCUCCCAGGGGCAGGGCAUGCAUGGACAGGUGACGGCCAUGAUGGUUCAGUACCCACAGUUGCCCUCAUAUCAGGUCCCUGUGGCCAGUGACUCUCAACAGGUGAUCCAGCAGUAUCAGCAGCAGGUCAUGGUGCCAGUCAGUCAGUCUGUGCAGACUGUCCAGGGGCCCAUGCCUGUAUACUACAGCGUCAUCACCCCCACACAACAGAACAGCACAAGUCCAUCAGUAGGGUACCUGCAGCCCAGCUCAGAGCAGUACCAGAUGAACCCGUCUACUUCUCCCUGCAACCCUCCACAGAUACAGCAGCAAUAUUCAGGGGUGGCCCCCCCAGGGCCUGGGGUGAUGGUCAUGCAGCUUAGUGUCCCCAACGGACCCCAGCCUACCCACAAUCCUCCUCUGGUCCAGUGGAACCCCUGCAAGUACUACUCCCUCGAACAGAGACCCAGUAAGCCUGGAGAACUCUACAAAUCUGACAACACACAACAGACGAGUACACAGAUGCAGAGCAGUCCUCUGUCCUCCCCCACCCAGUCUCCUACCCCUUCCCCCUCAGGCAGCAUGAGCAGUGUCUGUCCAGGCCUCGGCCCUCUGCCCCUACUGUCACAGUUCCCCCGGCCCGGACCAGGGCCCGCACAAGGUGACGGGCGCUACUCUCUGUUGGGCCAGCCUCUCCAGUACAGCCUCGGUCCCUCUCCUCUCAUCCACAGCCAGACCAAUUACAGCUCACAUCAGAGCCAGGUAGGAAUGAAGCAUGGGGCGAGAGGGAAGAGACAGACACUGAAGUCUCAAUCUACAGUUGGGACCACUGACGUAGUGGUGAGUCGGGUGCUGGAGGUGACAGAUCUCCCAGAGGGCAUCAGUCGCCCUGAGGCUGAGAAGCUCUUCAACCAGCUGUCCGUGUGCGGUGCGAAGAUCCAGUGGCUCAAGGACCCGGUGGCGGGGGGCCGUGGAGGCUACGGUGGCCCAGGAGGGCAUCGUGGUCCUGGGGCUGGGAUGGGGCCUGGAGGGGGGAAGGGCGACGGCAGCGACCCGGCUCACCUCUACACGGUGGUGGCUGUGUUCCCUUCCACCAUGGCUGCACAGAGUGCUUCCUUCAAACUCAACAACAGUGGGGCGAGCCUCUUCAAACUGAGGGCCGCCAAAAAGAACUAUGACCUAAGAGUCCUGGAGAGGGCCAGCUCCCAGUGAAGAGGAAGAGGAGGGGGAGAGGGCCA